AUGACUCAAAGAACUUCUACAGAAAGCCAAGGAAGUGUUCAUGUUCCAAUAGAUGACCUUUCACCACAACUCAAUCAAAUUCACCGAAAAAAAGGCAACAUUUUCGAACCACAAACUAGUACCGAAACGACAAACAGCAGCAACAUGCCUCCAUAUUCUAACUCCAAACAAAAACAAUUGUCAAGAGCACCAGAAAAAAAACUGACCCUUUUCGCGUUAAGGCUAGCUAUCCUUGAAAAAGCAGCCACCGGGCUAGGAACCCUAGCAUUCAUUUGGGCAACGGUUGUUUUACUAGGUGGCUUUGCUAUAACCAUUGAUAAAUUAGAUUUUUGGUUGGUGACCAUCAUUCUUUUGGUUGAAAGUACAAGGAUUUUUAGCAGAAGUCAUGAGCUAGAAUGGCAGCAUCAAGCCACGUGGUCUCUAGUCGAUGCUGGAGUCAGUAGCUUUCGUGCUAUAGCUUCUAGCUCGUUGUUUCAUCCUCAAACAAGCAAUAGGAAGAUACAAAAGAGCGAGAAUACAAUAAAAACGCCUUCACGAACUUGGAUAAGUUCAGAUGUCCCUCUUUUACCGUAUGGUAGAUGGAUUUUCAUAUCUAGUAAUAUUAGUAAGGUUCUUUAUUGGUUACAAUUAGCAUCUGCAGCCUCGUGUAUAUUCAUUUCAGUCACACGGCUCGUUAAUCAUAAAUUUGAGGAUGUUAAACCACUUGAAAAUGUUAAAAUGAACCGGAAAUCUGCUCUUUCGAUCUUCUAUGGAUUGGCUUUAGCCGAGGCUAUGUUGUUUAUGUUGGAGAAAGCAUACUGGGAAUGGAAUGUGAUUUACAAGAAAAUGUUAGAAAAUGCAAAUGAAGAAUUGGAGCUAGGACAUACGGGUAUGGUUUCAAUUAGAAGGUUUUUCUAUGAUUCGUAUUCUAAAUGUGUUAAUCGAAGCAUAUUUGAUGGGUUGAAGAUGGAUAUGGUUUCUUAUGCUAUGGAGCUUAUAAACUCUGAUUCCUCAGAUGAGCAACUUAUUGGUGUUAGAAUUUUUGAAAGAUUCACUACAAAUACGCGUUUUUCUCAAGAUACUCUUCAGAAAAUAGGGAUUACAUUAUCAGUAAUCGAACGUUUAGUUGAAAUGCUUAACUGGAAAGACCCACAAGAAGAAGAAAUCCGCCUGUCUGCAGCCAAGAUCAUUGUGAAACUUGUCGGUAAAAAGCAAAAUGCUCUUCGUGUGGCUGGAAUUCCUGGUGCAAUGGAAUCAAUAUCUUCAUUAUUACAUGUUAAUGGAAACACAGUUGAAGUUUGUAAAACAGAACUCAUUGGAGAUCAUGGGGAUUAUGAUUAUUGGGCAUUUAACCAACUUGGUCUUUUAAUUCUCAAGAAACUCGCUCGUGAUCAUGAUAAUUGUGACAAGAUUGGAAACACGAGAGGUCUCUUAACUAAAAUCAUCGAAUUCAUUCAUGCUGAUGAACGGUUAUUGGAAGAAAAACGUGCCACCAUAUCUGAAAUUUCCACGGUAAAAAGAUCAUUACAAGUCGUGAAAAUGUUAGUAAGCUCGACUGGUGUCACUGGUAGACAACUUCGAAGUGAAAUCUCAGAGCUGGUGUUUACAAUUAGUUACAUUCGUGAUAUAUUAAAGUACGGUGAAAAACACCCAAAAUUACAGAAACUUGGGAUUGAUAUAUUAACAAGUUUGGCAUUAGAAGAUGAUGCAACAGAGAGGAUUGGAGGGACAGGAGGUGUUUUAAAAGAAUUGUUUAAUGUUUUCUUUAGAGAAGAAAUUAGGGAUAAUCAUUAUUAUGUGAGAAUUGCAGCUGGUGAAGCACUUGGGAUGUUGGCAUUUGAGAGUAGACAAAAUUGUCAUAGGAUGUUGAAGUUGAAUGUGGUUCAGAAACUUAGCGACGCUUUGGAGUGCCCGUUGCUUAGGGUGAAUGCUGCAAGGAUAUUAAGGAAUUUAUGCAUCUAUAGUGGAACUGAUUUCUUUGAACAACUUAGAACCAUCAGAACGGCUGCACCCACGGUACUCAAGGAAAUUAUGACCGAGGACAUCAAGUUGCAAGAAGUCAUGAUCGGACUAGCAGCACAUAUGUUCAAAUUCAUGACAUACGAAGAAGCUAACGCCAUGUUUGUAAGAAGCGGAAUACAUGAUGCUGAAUUAGCAAACACACUUGUUAAAAUCUUGAAGAAAUAUCCACAACCACCUAUAAAGACUCCACGAUUAAGGCGAUAUGUGAUAGAACUAGCAAUCUGGAUGAUGAAGGAUAACCUUACAAAUAUUCAUACGUUCAAGAAUCUUGGAAUGAUGGAAGAAUUAGAAUGUGUGACCGAAACUACAUCCGAACUUGAAAGCUUCAAUAUCUUCUCUGGUGCAAUCGGAUUGAGUAGAUACAAGAUAUCGAUUCAUUCAUUAGUUGAAACAGCAAUGAACUUAAUGGCAGAUGAAUACUGA